UUCUCUCCUUCUUUCAGACUUCCCUCCUCCCUCUGCCAUGCUUUGCCAGAGCGACUGCCAGCGCAGACAGCCCUGCCUCCCACCUCACGUUGUCCUGGUGAGGAAUUUGCCCGUCAGUAGGAGUGUGGAUCCCUGCAGCUCCAUCUGCAACAUCUCACACCUGAACACAUGUGCAGAGCCCUGCUACUAUGCCAAGGUUCCUCAGGGCACCACCACCUACCUGAAGCUUGGUAGUUGUGAUGUGAGGCAGAUUGCCUUGGAUCCCUGCUGCCUUGGGAUCACCACACUCACAGAUCCCUGCUGUCAGGAUGUGACCAGGUGCAGCAGCACCAGGUAUGUGGAUCCCUGCUGCUACAAGGUGACCGAGUGCAGCGGCACCAGGUAUGUGGAUUCCUGCUGUCAGGAUGCUACCCAAUGCACCACUGGAUGUGUGGAUCCCUGCUGCCAAGAUGCCACCCAGUGCACCACUAGAUGCGUGGAUCCCUGCUGCCAGGAUGCAACCCAGUGCACCACCACGUGUGUGGAUCCCUGCCGCCAGGAUGCAACCCAGUGCACUACAAGAUGCGUGGAUCCCUGCCGCCAGGAUGUCUGUACCACCAGAUGUGCAGAUCCCUGCCGUCAAGAUGUCACCAAGUGCACCACCAGAUGUGUAGACCCCUGCCGCCAGGAUGUCACCAAGUGCACCACGAGGUGUGUGGAUCCCUGCUGUCAAGACGUCACCAAGUGCACCACCAGAUGUGUAGAUCCCUGCCGCCAGGAUGUCACCAAGUGCAUCACAAGAUGCUGCACCACUAGAUGUGUAGAUCCCUGCUGUCAAGAUGUCACCAAGUGCACUACCAGAUGUGUAGAUCCCUGCCGCCAGGAUGUCACCAAGUGCACUACAAGAUGCGUGGAUCCCUGCCGCCAGGAUGUCUGUACCACCAGAUGUGCAGAUCCCUGCCGCCAGGAUGUCGCCAAGUGCACCACCAGAUGUGUAGAUCCCUGUUGCAAGGAAGUGACCAAGUGUACUACUACCAGGUGCGUUGAUCCCUGCUGCAAGGAGGUGGCCAGGUGCACCACCAGAUGUGCAGAUCCCUGCUGUGGGGAAGUGACCAAGUGCACCACCAAGUGUGUGGAUCCCUGCUGUAGACCUGUGACCAGAUGCGCUACCACGUGUGUGGACCCAUGCUACGGCAGAGUUACCAAGUGCACCACCAAGUGUGUGGACCCCUGCUAUGGAGCAGCGACCCGAUGCAGCACUAAGUGUGUGGAACCGUGUUGUGAGGAAGUGAACAAGUGCACCAGCAGGUGUGUGGAUCCCUGCUGUCGUGAGGUGACCAAGUGCACCACUAAGUGUGUGGAUCCGUGCUGCGGAAGAGUGACCAAGUGUGCAAGGUGCCAGAAUCCCUGCUAUGGAGAAGUGAGCAAGUGCACCACCAAGUGCGUAGAUCCCUGCAGGGGAAGAGUGAACAAGUAUGUAGAUCCGUGUUGUAGGGAGGUGACCAGCUGCAAAACCAGGUGUGUGGAUCCCUGUUGCAAGGAGGUGACCAAGUGCACCACUACGUGUGUGGAUCCCUGCUGCAAGGAGGUGACCAAGUGCACCACCACAUGUGUGGAUCCCUGCUGUAGAGAGGUGAGCAAAUGCACAUCCACGUGCGUGGAUCCCUGCUGCAAGGAGGUGACCAAGUGCAGCAUCCACAUGUGUGCGAUUCCCUGCUGUAGAGAGGUGAGCAAAUGCACAACCACGUGCGUGGAUCCCUGCUGCAAGGAGGUGACCAAGUGCACCACCACGUGUGUGGACCCAUGCUGCCAGAAUACGACCCAGUGCACCACCAGGUGUGCAGAUCCCUGCUGCCAGGAUGCCACCCAGUGCACCACCACCUGCGGGGAUCCCUGCUGUCAGGAUGUGACCCAAUGCACCUCCACCUGUGUGGAUCCCUGUGCCCCCUGCUUUGUGAGGCCCACCCCGCUGUGUGCCAGCUUCUGUGGCCAGCACUACUCCAUCAGCUGUGCUGAUAUCUGCUGCCGCAAGUGAAUGGCUCCUUGAGGGGUGGUCCUACAGUGGGAGCUGCCAUGGGAUCCCUCUGCUGCGUCGCUGCUCUGUGCAGCCCCAACUGCUAUGGAAUGAAAAUGGUUUGCAGACCUCCUGAGCUCUCCGAUGUCUUCCUCACCUCCUGGCUCUCCUCGUGCCCUGUCUGUCCGAGGAAGGGCAGAUCCUCACAUGGUUUUCCUUGCAUUCUGCAUCAUAUAUAAUAGAUUUACCUAAAGCGUAAUGCCUUUCCUUGUAACAUGUAACCGAUUGAUUUUGUGCCCCCAGGAUUAUUUGCCUGGGUGAGAGAUUCUGUCAUUCUUUUCUGCAAUGAUGUGGUUGGAGGAAUUUAUCUUUCCCCGCCAUCAUCUCCUUUUCUUAUAUGAAGCAAUAAAAACACUUGAUCUUGG